GUUGGGAUUCGCUGGUGAUUUACGGUAGGGAAGGGACGGAGUCGUCGCCUUGACUGCUUCUUCUUUUCGAAUGGGCAGAAACGUACGUGCUUGUGUCAGUCGAAUUUGGCCGUAUUUGAUACGUACUCUAUUUUAUUUUUUCCCUUUUAUUUUACAAUUGGGAAAAAUGUUGAUGUUGAGACGGUGUGAAACUGGAUGAUGGUUGAGUAAGCCACGCCUACCAUUCCUCGUUCCUUGGGAUCUUGGCAGUUUGCCGGCACUGGGAAAACUGGCGCAAGCGCUCGGGAAAUUUGUGCUCCGUGGGGCUGAAGAGUCUGGAGCAUGUGCUGAGAUAUUUAUUUAUUUUUUCCAAAGUUCUGAGCUAUUCUGUAAGUUUUGACGAGUUAUGAAAAUGUUAAUGUGGUUAAUUGUUGGCAUUUUCUUGAGGCUUAAAGCAGCCCUGGGAGAAAACAUCCUGACUUCCAGGGUGUUUGUCAUCCCUGUGGGACCUGAGCUGUUUGGAGUCAAAGAUGAUUCCUCCCAGGGACUGGAAUUUUCGUAUCAAGCUUCUUUACUCAAUUCUCCGGAUUUACCACCCUGGAUUCACUACACAUACAGUGAUAAACAUCGGCAAGGAUUUCUAUAUGGAGUUGCUCCAAAAAAUCAAGCAAGCUUCACGCUUCAAAUUGUCGGAUUGAGCAAGAAAACCUACAAUACCAAUUACAAAGUUUUAGAAAUGAAUGUUCAACAAAAUGAAAAUUCCACGAAGUACGAGGUUUACUUGAAAAUUGAUAAUCUAAGAAUUGAGGAUACAUUUAAUACGACAACGAUGGAAGGACUUCUUGAUCUUUUCAGAAGGAAAUUGUGGGUGGAGGCAAGAGAUCUUUGCAUAACAUUUUUGGCAUCGGCAGUCGAAGAAGGUGCCCGAUUGCCACUGGAUCCCAACGAACCAGAAGGGGUUGUUUUAAAACUGGGAAGCUCUGCACCUUUCUCCGAAGUUCUUAUGAAGCUCGAGGAGGAAGUAAAACCGUUGAAAAAAAAGUUUCCAUGCCCCAAAGACUACAAACGAACUAGCAAGGAAGUUUCAUUCAGGAAAGCUCAUUUUCACUUGGAUUGGUGCUCAUUUAAACUUAUCACGGAAAAUCAAAGUCAACAUCAAGAAAGUGCUCGACGUGGCUCCAGUAUGAAUGUUAUUGGAAGACAACCACCGGAACAUGCAGAAUGGCAAUGGGCAAGACCAAAAAAAUCAGAAAUCCCAACUAGAAGCUAUCUAAAAGAAAUCGUUACUACUGUCUUCAUUCCCACACUUUUACUAUUCAUCUUGGCUCUUCUGUUGAGCACAACAUUCUGUCUUCAUCACGAGAAAGCGGUAGAUCCAGAAUCAAAUAAAUAUUUUAAUGAGCUCUUUAAUAUUUUUAAACGAAAUAGGGAUCUCAGUGAUAAUUCCAUGAGAGAUAAGAGAGAACCAACGCCAAUGGAGGGUGUGGGAAAUAAUGGAGUUCAAAUGGUGCAGUAUGCAGCAUCGGAAAGAGAAACCUUGAGAUCACUUUCAGCACAACCCUCAAGCCCCAGUAACUCAUUAUUGAGGAGCCCAAGGACAUCUGCGGAACGUGGAAAUCCAUACGUGCGACCCAAUCCCCCACCUUAUACAGGACCAAGCAAUUUAGGGACAUUGAGGGUUGACUUCUGACUACACGAGGAGCCAGCCAAGACGUGGUUUUGCUGAGAAUCGAAUCGACUCAAUUUAUUAUGCAAUUGGAAGAUUGUGGAGGGGUUUUUACCGAUUAUUAAAUUUUAAUUUAAUCAACUCAGUAAAAACUUCAAUAAAAGAGGUGUCUCUGAAUUUGUAGUGAUUUCGAGUUUGUAAUCCUUAGGACUGGCUCCAGAAGAAUAGACACUGAAUGAACAAACGAUUCAUAUCAAAUAUAACGAAUUCAAUCAUUCAAUAGAUUCUUAUUGUAAUAUAUGUGACUCGACAUAUUUCUCUUGGGACGUAGAAUGUACAUUGCAAGUAAUAAAUAAAUAAUAGAUAUAA